UCCUGGAAGAUCUUAUUCCCAGAGAGAAUCUAGCUUCCCCACCCGGAGGAGUUCCGCUUGCUCUGAUCUCUCUCCCCUUCCUCCGUUCCCUGCGGGAACUGGGAGAGAGGCCGGCUCUUCCCCUGAGGAAUUGGGAUUCUUUCCGAGGUGCGGGCUUCGUUCUCCCAGCGUCCAGCUCGCUCGCCCCUCUCCGAACGGUAGAGCGGGAAGAGGGUCGGCUUCGAGAGCUUCCAGGUGGUUUCCAGUGGAGAGGUUGGAGAGAUCGAGUCACCCGGCGCUCAGAAUGCUGCUGGUCCGCACCCCGCUGAUGCUGCAGGCCCUGCAGAGAUCUCUGCAGAAGGGCAUCCCCGAAUCCCUCAAGGUGAGAGCCCAAUCUGAACAAGAUCCCCAGCUUGGUUUGGAGGUCUACGGCACCGUGUACCACGUGAAUCGGGGGAACCCCUUUAAGCUGGAAGCUCUGGUGGACAGGUGGCCGGAUUUCAACACCGUCAUCGUUCGCCCCCCGGAGCAGGAGAUGACCGACGACUUAGACCACUACACGAACACUUACCUAAUCUACUCCAAGGACCUGGAGACUUGUCGAGAAGCCCUGGCGUCGCCAGGGACCAUCAACUGGAAGCAGCAUCUACAGAUCCAAGGGUUACAGCCCGGACUGGAGAAGGUGAUCAGAGAAGUUGCAGCCUCUAAGUCAGUCCAAGUGCAGACCACAGACACCAUCCUCUAUGUCAACCCAGAGACCCUGCAGAGGCUGGCCCCUUCCUUGCUCCAGAGGGAUCAUGCCAACAAGUUACCGCUCAAAACCUCGAGACCCAAGAAGGAAAUCGACGAUGAGACGUUUAAGCUCUCGGCCAUGGAGGUCGACAACGCGGGACUGGUGAACGGGCUGUGGGGUUUCGGUGGGAACGAGAGGAGCCUGAGAUUCAUCCGGCGCUGCAUCCGCCAUUUCCCCAGCUUCUGCCUGCGCGGGCCCGAGGGGACCCCGGUCUCUUGGAGUCUUAUGGAUCAGACGGGAGAGUUGCGGAUGGGGGGCACCCUGGCCGAGUACCGCAACAAGGGGUUCGUCGCGCACAUCGUCUAUCGCCAGACUCAAGCGCUCCUUCCCCGAGGCUUCCCGCUCUACUCUCAUGUGGCCCGAGACAAUCCCUACAUGCACAGGCUGUGCCAGAGCCUUGGGAGCGUAUCCAUUCCCUGUGGCUGGCACCAGUGGAACUGCGUGCCACUUGCAAGCUCCCGCUGAGGAGCAGUUCCUGUGGGUGUGUUGAGGACGGGGAGGGGAAAGAGUGCGAGGAACGAGGCUCGGGGCUGGCGGCGGGGUCUGGAGGUGUGGACGGACUGACCAACUUAACACUGCCUUUCUUGUACUUGACCAUUCGGGAAAAGGCCGAAUAAAGCUUGAGCACUGGGAAUAUUCAAAGA